ACCACAGAAGAAGAGGAACCGACUUGUUUGUGUCGCAAGAGCAGAAGAAGAAGAAGCAGCAGUCCGCCGCGGGCACAGUUCGUUUGAUUAAAGUGUCGGAAACAGAAACGUGUGGAUUAAAGUGGUCUGAGAUGCAUUACUAUCGAUAUGACAGCGCGGAGGUCAGCUGCUGCUACAAGUAUCUGAUGUUCAGCUACAACAUCAUCUUCUGGCUGGCUGGAGUUGCCUUCAUUGCAGUUGGUUUCUGGGCCUGGAGUGAAAAGGGAGUCUUGUUGGACCUGACCAAGGUGACCCAGCUGCACGGUUUUGACCCGGUGUGGUUGGUCCUGGUGGUGGGAGGAGUCACCUUCAUCCUGGGCUUUGCUGGCUGCGUGGGAGCUCUGAGAGAAAACAUCUGUCUGCUCAAGUUUUUUUCGGGUGUGAUCGGUUUCAUCUUCUUCUUGGAGCUAACGGCGGCGGUGCUGGCGGUGGUUUUUCAGAGUCAGGUCAGAGAAUGGAUCAACGACUUCUUCCUGGCAAACGUCAAAGCGUACAGAGAUGACAUCGACCUGCAGAACCUCAUCGACUCUCUGCAGAAGACGAACCACUGCUGUGGAGCUCAGGGGCCGAGCGACUGGGAUCUAAACGUGUAUUUCAGCUGCAACGAGACUCACCGCAGCCGAGAGAGGUGUGGCGUUCCUUUCUCCUGCUGUAUCACGGAUCCUGCUGACUCUGUGGUGAACACUCAGUGUGGCUACGACGUGAGAAACAGACUACAGAAGGAGUGGAACGAUCAUAUCUACAUUAAAGGCUGCAUCGCAGCACUGGAGGACUGGUUACCUGGAAACCUCUACACUGUGGCCAUCGUCUUCAUCGUCAUCUCUCUGCUUCAGAUGGUGGGGAUCUACUUGGCCAGGACUCUGAUCUCUGACAUUGAGAAGGUAAAAUUCAGCUAGUGAGGUCUACGUCUCUGUGGGUGGAGAUGACACCUGCAGGGGGCGGGGCUUUACACCAGGACCAAGUUUCUUCAGUCAGAGCCGUGCCUUCUUCCUCUUCUUCUUCUGUCACUCUGUUGUAUCCUUAUGCCGUCAGUUCAGUCUCUGGAUGAUGCUGUUGCUAUGGUGACUGAAAACAUUGCAUUCUGGUUUGUUUGUUUGUUUGUUCACAUCGGCUGAGAGAUGCGCUGAUGUCCUGUUGAUAUUUUAUCUGCACCAGAGUGCCUUCACUUUUCCUGCAUUUUAAGAGGCUUCUCGCUGCCACUGUACAGACUGCUUCAGCCUCUUUUAUUGAACCAGUGUGACCUUUGACCUGAGGGUGAGCCUCGGUUAACCCUGACUGUACCGUUCAGUGCCUCCUUCAUCAUCAUCGCCAUCAUCACAGUUUCAGUGGUUUUAAAACAGGAGCGCGUCUGUAUCUGUAUCUGAUCUCAGUUCAGAGUUUAACUGGGGCAUUGAGAGGAGGAGGAGUCAGUGAUGUCAUCCAGGUGUGACACAGCAGGUGAAGUCUCCUUUACUGUGUGAUCGUAGCUCCCUGUUGUUUAGAUAUAAAAACAAUGAAAUGUUUUGUGAGGCUGAAUCUUUAUCCAAUCAGAGCUUGACACGUACUGAUGGCCCCGCCUCCAAGACUCAAACUGCAAAAUACAAAUCUCACCUGCCGAUAGUCACCUGAUCAGCCAGGAACACAAAGAGCGGCUGCGAGUCCUCGUUGGCCUGGACGCGUCACAAGCUCGGCCGCUGACUCUUUUUGUUUUGAUCGAUGCAUUUAUUGAUUGACUGAUUGAUUGACUGAACGUGACAAAAUGAAACAAACCUGUGGAAGCGUCGAGCUCUCAUUGGUUCGCAGGUGAAGCUGAGUCACAGCCCGCGAAACCAGUCAGAUGAAAUCUGCUCCACACGUUUGAUUCAACAUGAAGACUGAAAACUUUAUUGACACUGGAUUCCUGUUAACAAGCUUUGAAUAAAUAGUUUGUUGUUAUUGUGCAUGAAUAAAAGUUUCAGGAUGUUUGAGCCAAUCACAGCAGAGGAAAUCUUGUAUUUCACUGAAUUUUUGUUAAAUUUCAGCUUUAAUUCUUUUGCUGUUUUAUUUUCCUGUCGAUGAAUCAAUAAUCGAUCAGUUUAAUUAAUUUUUAACAACAUGACUUUUAUUCUGAAGGGAUUCUUUUUUUUACAAAUGAAUUUCUAUCUUUUUAUAUUCAGCAAAAUAAAAGUCCUUUUGGUCUGA